GCUACUAGACUCUUCUACACCCACAACUUCACCGUUUUUCAGACAAAUGACUGUCAGCACUCAAAUGUAGUAAUCCUAAUUGAAAAAGUAAACAUCAUCACUUCAAUCCUUAAACCCCCGCAGAAAAACACAAACACAGAGCUCAAACCUUAAACAAUGUUCGGCGUUGUGUUCCCCGACCGCAGUUUCCCUAUGGACAUAUCCGCUUUCUCACAAAUCGACACUUUUCACUGGAUCCUCGACAUGAACACUUUUGUUGGUGAAGCAUAUGAUCAAGUACGAGAAAUUUGUAUUUUUCUCUUAAACAGCUUUACUCUUCCGCCAGAUAAAGCUCUGGCGGUGUAUAUUCAGUCUCCAGGGUCUGAAUUUCAGUUUUGUGGGGCGGUGACAAUAACGCGCCCUUCGGUGGUUUUGACGUUGAAUUGGCCGGAACCUGGGGGUCAGUUGCAGCUGACAGGGCCAGAUACGGCACCCCUUUCGGCGAAAAUCGGGGUGUCGGUGGAGGAUUUGGCAGCAUUGCCUUCGCUGGAUGUAGCGGCGGAGAAAGGGGUUGAGAGGGUUGCGAUGAAAGUUGGGGAGAAUUUGUUUAAUUAUAUGCAGUCUUUUUGUGGGGUUGAUGGGAGUAAGUUGAUUGUACCUAUGGAUAUUUUGGAUAGGUGGUUUAAGAAGUUUCGAGAACGGGCGAAAAGGGAUCCUGAUUUCUUGAAGAGUUUUCGGUUGUAGUUUUUUAUUGAAUGGAAUUGAAGCUUCAAAUUCAGAAACUUUCAAAGCUAGUUAUAGCUAGUUGGUUGCCUGGGUAUCAACUACUCUAAUAUAUGCAAAUGUGGAUAUUUUGAGCUUAUUAGGAGAAGAGGCUGCGCUUUGUAUUCUUACCGUGUAGAGUUAUGAACAUGUUGAUCUUUGCUGUCUUAAUUCGAUAAUGUUUAGAAUUAUUCUUGUUCUGGAGAAAAGCAUACCCUGCUUUAUUGUAUGCACACCAGAUGGAGGACCUUUAUUGGGAUCUUUUAUUUGGAUGUCCUGAGAACUGAAGGAGAGUCGGUAAAUGUAGUAUUCUGGGUACCCUUAUCUUUAUUCUUAAUGAUUUUGAAGCU